GGAAGAAGUCUACAGACAUGAAAGCUGCAGGAAGGACUGCUCUCAUCUUCCUCAUUGUGGUCGCUCUGUUUCUAGCUUCAGGCGACAACAACAGCAUCAUGGUGGGAGGCACAACUUGCAGCAAGAGGAGACACUCGCUUUCCUCCUCAGAGACCUGCUGCUCAAUAGCAGCUAGUACCGGAUUGAAGCUGCAGAAGCUGCUGAAAUUGAACCCGGGAAUCGACUGCGAAAGUAACCUCCAAGGCCAACUAAUCUGCAUUCAGGGCUAGCUAGCUAGCUAUCUAUCUAGGUUCUACAACCAGUAUUCCCCACUUUGGUUACAAUGUGCUGAUAUACCACUACUGCAAUACUCUUUCCUUUUUGCUUUUGGACUUGUAUCAGCAAUCAGUAUCAACGUUAUUACGUUUCUUCAGAAUGAUCGAUGUUUUGAGCUUUGUAGUUGGCUAAGGCUUCCCUAUGUUGCUGGUUUAUUUCUAAAGGU